AUGUGUCAACAGGAGGAACGGUUCUUGUUUCCAGUGUAUCCUAUGAUUUGUCUGACAGGCGCUAUAUCGGUGGAUAUCGUACAGAAAUUAUACUUUUAUGUCAGAACGAAGUUCGAUCCAUCGCACAUCAGUUGCCACUAUUUGCAGUAUACUGCGCACAUCACCGUUCUGGCGAUACUAACAUGCGGCCUCUUGGGACUGUCAAGAUCGUUGGCGAUAUAUAAAGGAUACUAUGCCCCCAUGGAAAUUAUGACUGAAGUCAACAAACUGGGUACGGAAGGCGAGGUACCUAACGACGUUAACAUAAACUUUUGCGUUGGAAAAGAAUGGCAUCGUUUUCCCAGCAGUUUUUUCUUUCCGUCCAACAAUUGGAAGUUACAGUACCUGAGGUCCGAAUUUAAAGGACAGCUACCUCAGCCUUUCUUAGAUCAUGAAAACGCAACGAGUGUAAUCCAAGCGCAUUUUAACGAUAUGAAUAAAGAAGAACCAUCGCGCUACUUUAAUCUAGAUAAAUGCCACUUUCUGUUAGACCUGGAUGUAGAAACUGAAACAGCCCUGGAACCGAAUUACUCUCGCCUCAGUCAUCAUUUCACUAUUGUGAAAUCUUCUAAAUUCCUAGACGCAUCAAAAUCGCAUCCAUUCUUCAGAGCUUUUUACAUUCCAUUUGUAUCUCAUAAGUUUUGUACAUAUGGUUCAUAUAAUUUGUUACAAAGUAACAAGUUUAAAUCCAUGCUUUUGUCAUCGAAGCAGAGGAGUUCCAAGUUUUCUCAAGCAAAGGACAGCACUUAAUAAGUUAAUACAAUUAAUUUGAUAUAAGAAAAAAAAUUAAUUUAUAUUUUAUUUAUUAUUUUCAAUAAUGCAUGUUUACUAGUAACUGUAAAUGUAACUAAUAUCCGCACUACGAUUGAAAGUAAUAAUGUGUAUGUAUAUAGGUGUGUAUAUAUGUAUAGUAAUGUAUACAUAUGCAUAUAUAAUUUCGCGUAAGAGUGAUCGGUUCUAGGGAUCGAUCGAUGAUCGAUCUCGAUCUUCAGUCCAUACCUCAGCUAUAUACCUCAACUUUCAAUCUCAAUCCUCAUCCCAUCUACAUUUUAUGAAAGAGAUAUAAAAGGCGAGUAAACUUACAUUCGUAAAAGCUAAACUUAUUAAAAAACAUAGAGAAACUGGCAUUGGACAAUGCCAAGAUGCUGCAAACUAAUACAUAUAUACAUAUAAAGCUUAAGAUAUUUAUAGAUCUUAAGAUUCUUAAGAUUUUUGAGGUAGAUGCAAAUUUUUCACUAAAUAAUAGCUGAGCUUAUAACAAGCACGUACCGAGCUGUAACAGACAGCUGUAAAAAGAAAUCGACAAAAAAAAAGUAAGCAUUUUGGCCACAAUUGCCAAGUAAUUCUAUGUUUUUCGGUUUUGUAAAAUGUAUAUUGGAAAAUUGAAAGUUUAUAGUGAGAAUAAAAACGUAUGUCGAUGACAAAUGCA